AGGUCUUACCUCAUACCAUACACAAAUAUUAAUUUGAAUUGAAAGUUAAAACUUAACAGAAAUUUAAAAAUGGCAGAAAUAUAGGAAAAUUUUUGAACACUUGGCAUAAGGGCUUUUUUACAUAGAACAAAAAGAAUGAAUUAAAAAUUGAUAAAAUGAAUUUUAUCAACAUGAAAAAUGACUGCUCUUCAAAGACACCAUUAAGAAAAAGGAAAGGUCAGCCACAAACUGUGAGAAAAUACUUGCAAUAUAUACGCCUGACAAUUGAUGUAUAUGUAGAACAUAUACAGAAGUUAUCCAACCAGCCGAUGAGCACUUGAAAAGCUACUCGGCAUCAUUAGUCAUCAGUGCAACGUGUAUUAAAUCUAAAAUGAGACACCACUACUUACCCAAUGGAAUGGCUAAAGUUAAAAAGAUAGAAAUGUCAAAUAUUCCUGUGAACACGGAUGAGGUGGAAUAUUCAUGUACUUCAAAUGGAAAUGUAGCAGGUAAAAUAUACUUGAAAAACAGUUUAGUGGUAUCUUAUGAACUUACACAGGAACUUUAUAUAAAAUUGAGCAGUUUCUUCCCUAAGUGCUUAUUUACCCAAGAGAAAUGAAAUCAAAUAUUUUAACUUAGGAGAAAAUGGUUCUUGUUAAUGUAUGCAACUAUAUAUAUAUAUAUAAAAAAAACUACAUAGUGGAGGAAAAAAAAUACAGUGGUGUGUGUUUGUGGGUGGGUGUGUGUGUGUUCCUUUUAUGAAUACUUCUUGCUCUUUUCUUAAGUGAUAUUUCAACAAGAGGUACAUUUUUUUUCAUGAUGAGUUAUCAAGCAUAAACAGGAGAAGGCAGGAAGGAUAGGACAACCUGUUGUCAUUUUAAUCCAGGGAAAAUGAAAUAUAGUGACUGGACGGCACACAACAACAAUGCCUUCAAAACCAAAAAAACAAACCCCGCUGCCCUAGAGUCAAUUCGAACUCAUAGCGACCCUGCAGGACAGAGUAGAACUGCCCCGUAGCGUUUCCAAGGAGCACCUGGUGGAUUCAAACUGCUGACCUCUUGGUUAGCAGCCGUAGUACUUAACCACUAUUGCACCAGGGUUUCCACACACAUAAAUAAAAUAUAUGUCUAUAAUAGGUAAAUCUGCACCUCUUUCGUGCCUUUGCUGACCUUGAUCUUCUCAUAAUUCAAAUUCAUCUAAGCUAAGAAGUUUUGGGAACUGGACUGAUGAGGUAUAAUUCCCCUCUGAUAUAAGUGUCUUGUUGAGAUCAAAGGUGGAGUUGUUUGUCUAAAAAGGGAUGGCUUUUCAACUGCAAUUACUUCUGAUAUAGGACAGAACAUCUCUAUAACUCAAUGUUUGGAUCAGGACAAGAAAAACAAUUCUUGCUUUUAAACAGGCAGAAUUUAGAACAGCAAUUGCUCAUAAAAGUAUUACAAGGUCCACUGGAGUAAAAAAGAUGCCUGAAAAGAAGAGAAAAAAAAAAAAAUCAGAUAGUUCAUUUUUGUGGUGAUACCAGUUUCUUAUGACCCACUUUUUCUUCUGACCCUAACCACUCAGAGUUAGGUCAGAUCUCAAAGAUAAAGAGCACAAUCGUCCAGAGUCCAUGUCUCCUCAAGACCUCAGAUAUCAGCUGCAAGCUAGGGGGUCUGCAGGCCCCUCACAUCUGACCUGUUAACUCCCACAGCUCCCUGAGGUUUGAGAAUUUGCUAAAAUGACACACAGAAAUCAAUUCCAAUUUCAUUAUGGCAAAAAAGGAUCAAAAUGAAGAGACAUAUAAGGAAAGAUCUGGACAUGUCAUUGACUGCUAACCUAAGGGAUGGCAGUUUAAACCCACCUAGCAGCUCCUGGAAGGAAGGCCUGGCAAACUGCUUCCAUAAACAUCACAGUCAACAAAACCAUGUGGAGUAGUUUUACUCCGUAAGACAUGGAGUUGCCAUGAGUUAGAGUCAAAUGGACGGUUUUUUGAGGGGAGGUUCAAAACUCAGCUUGUCUACAUGGUCACUGUGGUGGGGAACCUGGGCAUGAUUGUGAUCAUCAGGAUCAACCCCAAACGCCACACCCCCAUGUUCUUUUUCCUCAGUCACUUGUCUUUUGUUGAUUUCUGCUACUCCACUAUAGUUACACCCAAACUAUUAGAAAACUUGGUUGUGGGAGACAGAACCAUCUCCUUCACAGAGUGCAUCACGCAGUUCUUCUUGGCUUGUAUAUUUGCAGUUGCAGAAACAUUCAUGUUGGCAGUGAUGGCCUAUGACCGUUUUGUGGCAGUUUGUAACCCCCUGCUUUACACCGUCGUCAUGUCCCAAAAGCUCUGGGCAUCAUUAGUCGGUGGGCCCUGUGCAUGGGGUAUAGUUGCUUCCCUGACACUCACUUAUUUUCUCCUGACAUUAUCCUUUUGUGGCUCUACCAUCAUAAAUAACUUUGUCUGUGAGCACUCGGUUAUUGUUUCUGUCUCCUGCUCUGAUCCCUGUAUCAUCCAGGUGCUUUGUUUUCUCUUUGCCAUAUUCAAUGAGGUCAGCAACCUGGUGAUUAUCUUCGCUACACUUUUCAUUUCUGUAACUGUCAUAAAAAUGCCUUUCAAUGGGGGGCGCCAAAAAAUCUUCUCCACCUAUGCCUCCCACUUGACCGCCAUCGCCAUUUUCCAUGAGACUGUCCUGUUCCUCUAUUGUGUACCCCACUCCAAAACCUCAUGGCUCAUAGUCAAAGUAGAAUCUGUGUUUUAUACAGUGGUCAUCCCCAUGCCGAACCCCCUGAUCUACAAACAAAGAUGUGAAGGAGACUGUCAGAAAGUUCAUGAGCCACCUAACACAAUCUUGAAGAUUUAUGUAUUUUUCUGGAAAGAGUUUGCUUUAUGAUGUUAAAAAUCAUUCAAUGUUUCUAGAAGAGAUGGUAAUUCAAAUUAUUUAGUCAAUUUACCCAUCUAAUUUUUUAAAUCUAUUGCAGCAUACCAGUUAUCUAAUAAUUUGAUUUUUAGUCAUUUCAAUCUUUACUAAAAUAGGUUUGAAUCAUACGUGAAGUGAAUCAAGCAUAGUGGAUUGAAUAGCAUCUCCCCCCAAAAUACUCAUACCCACCUAGAACUUCAGAAUAUAACCUUUUUGGAGACAGAUUCUUUGCAGAUGUAGUUAAGGAUUAACAUAAAUUCAUAUUUUCUUAACACUAAAACCCAUUGCCUCAGAAUUAAUUUCCACUCAAAGAGACCUUAUAGGACAGAGUAGAGCUACCCCAUAGGAAUUCCAAGGCUGUAAUCUUUAUGGAAGCUGACUGCCACAUCUUUUUCCUGUGGAGCAGCUGGUGGGUUUGAACUGCCACCUUUAGGUUAGCAGCCAAAUUCUUAACCACUGUGCCACCAGGACUCCUACAUACUCUCUUAGGGCAGGCUAUGAAUCCAGUAAGUCUCAUUAUGACAACCAGACAAGGACACAGAGUCACACAGAGAAGAAAGCCAUGUAGAGAUGAAGGCAGGACUUGGAGUUACGCUACUACAAGCCCAGGAAUACAAGGACCGAUGGGAAGCUGGAAGAGUCAAGGAAGGAUUUCCUUCUAGGGUCUUUAGAGGGACCAUGUCCCUGCCAUUACCUUCAUUUCAAACAUUUGGCCUCCAGAACUGUAAGCAAAUAAAUUUCUGGUCUUUUAAGCCACCAAGUUUGUGGUAAUUUCUUGUGGUAGCCCUAAGAAUCUAAUAUUUAGCAAGUAAACAUUCAAUCAUAAAACUCAAAUUGUUUGACACACAUAUUAGCAUGGUACAUGAUUAAAAAACAAACAGCAACAACAACAGCAGCAAAAUUCUUCAAUCCUCUUUAAACAAUGUGCAUGUCAAAGUUACAGAAAAUUCUGAAAAAUUAUAGCUGACUAGGAUUUUGGAGCCCUGGUGACACAGUGGUUAAGAGCUACAGCUGCUAACCUAAAGGUCAGCAGUUUGCAUCCACCAACUGCUCCUUGGAGACCCUACAGGGCAGUUUUACUCUGUCCUAUAGGGCUGCUGAGUCAGAAUCAACUUGACACCAAGGGUUUGGUUUGGUUUAUGGAGGAGUAUGCAUGUAGGAGAAUUACCACUAAGAGCCUGGAGGCACUAUCUCUAAACUCCAACCAAGUUCUUUAUUUCUUUCCUUAAGGCCUCAUAUAUGUUUGUUAUGGUACAGGAAGUGAUGGUAAACAUGAUACCACCAAGGGUGAAGAAAAAAUGUUGAUUUCUAUGUGAAGGUCCUGAUGGGUAACCAAGGUAACAAAAGUGAAAAAAAAGUCAUAGUUAAGAAUCUCACAAAUCUCAGCCUGUUACGUCAAACACUCUCCUUCCUCAUGCCAAUAGCCUCUUAGUAACAACAUUUUAGAGAAAAUAAUCUGCGGCUAAACAACAAGGGAUCUUACGUUGAUAUCAAUCUUCCGUGUAUCAUACCAAGGAGCACAUAGAAAGAGACAGAAGAGCAGAAAACGGACAGGUAGAAGCAAACAUAAAAUGAUCAGCAUGAUAGACGCUAAAAAAUGUGUUGAAUUAAUGGAUGAAUGAGUUCAAUCUACUAUUCUAUUCUCAUUUCUAGCAUCCUGUUAAGUAUACAGAAGACAGGGGAAAAAAAAAAAUACUGGAUCUUACCAUCUUACCAACAUGAUUUUAGCACUUAGCAGUGGUUUUUACACUUUAAAGUUCCUAUGUGUCACCCAAGUUCCUUCUUAAAUGUGGAUACUGUUGAGUCCCAUUCCUAGGAAUUCUGAUCUCAGAAGUUUUGGGGGCCUAGAAGACUAGAAUCCUAGGCAAUUUUAUUACAGAUGUGGUAAGAACCUUUGAUGUGAGAAAUCCUGCUUUAGCUUAAAAAACAACCAAAACCCAGUGCCGUCGAGUCUUAAUUCCAUAGGACAUUUAGUAAUGUGCAAAUAAAGGCUGGUAGUCAACUUCGUGCUACAACUUUUCUGUGUGAUUACAAGGAAAUUCCAGUCUUUGACGAUGGUACAAAGAACCUGGCUCUUGUCUUAGUUAAUUGGCUUGAGGCAUAGUUGCUAGUGAUUCCCCAGAGUUGGAGUCCCAAGGGCUGUAGAGGUAGAUGUAAUCGCUGUGGUGCUCCCGAAAUACUCAGCUUACAGUGGUGGCCUGUUUCUCUGCAGCAGGUGAGUUGCCUCAGGUUUUUUUUUUUUUUUUUUAAUGAAAUAGUGAAAAUAUUAUUUCCCUGAUAUGAUAAUAGGACGUCCUUUGAUUUUUUUUCCAAUGUUAAGUCACUAAAACUGUUAAGUCUAUGCCCAAUCAUAUUAAGGAAAGAACUUAAUAAUCAUGGACAUAUUUGGCUUUAUUAUCCAUUGACAGGAAUUUCACAAAGAAUAGAAUAAAUUUUUUACUUGAAAAUGGAUAUUUUCCCAUAUCCUCUUUAUAUGCACCUUAAAUUGGUAUAUAAACUUUUUAUAAGAAAGAAUUGACUAAGCAAGCUGCAAUUCAUAUGCAAACAUAACUUUCUGGUUAGUCCUGUUGUAACUCUAAUUUGAUAAAUCUCGGAACCUCUAAAAUAUAUACAUAUACACAUGUACACAU